UAAGUAUUGUGUUUUUUCUUCAUUCAUCAGUGUACAAAUAAGAAGUCUUUGGAAGUUGUGUGAAUUUUCCGAAAGCCUUUGAAGUUCGCCGGAAAAUAGCAAUAUUUUCAAUUCAAGCCAAUCAGAUGGGAAGAGGAAAGAUAGAGAUAAAGAGAAUUGAGAACAACACAAAUAGGCAGGUGACAUUUUGUAAGAGGAGAAAUGGACUACUGAAGAAAGCCUAUGAACUCUCUGUUCUCUGUGAAGCUGAGAUUGCUCUUAUUGUUUUCUCCACACGUGGACGCGUCUAUGAAUACUCUAACAACAACAUUAAGGCAACUAUUGAACGGUACAAGAAAGCAACUGCAGAAACCUCUAAUGCUUGCACCACUCAAGAGCUCAAUGCUCAGUUUUAUCAACAAGAAUCAAAAAAGCUGCGCCAACAGAUACAAAUGAUGCAGAAUUCAAACAGGCAUCUGGUUGGUGAAGGGUUAAGCUGUUUGAACGUAAGAGAGCUGAAGCAGUUGGAAAAUAGACUUGAACGAGGCAUUAGUAAAAUCAGGUCAAAAAAGCAUGAGAUGAUACUGGCUGAAACUGAGAAUUUGCAGAAGAGGGAAAUUCUACUGGAACAGGAGAAUGCAUUCCUUAGAUCAAAGAUAGCAGAAAAUGAGAGGCUUCAGGAACUAAGCAUGAUGCCAGCAGCAGGGGGGCAAGAGUACAGUGCAAUACAACAAUAUUUAGCAAGAAACAUGCUACAACUUAAUAUGAUGGAAGGCCAAGGUGUCUCUUCAUAUGAUCCAUUGCCUCCUCCUCAUCAUGACAAGAAAUCCCUUGAACUUCAGUAGAGAAGCGAACGAAAGUGAGCUUGUUCUCAUCGAAGCGGUCAUGUCUGCUACUUCUCGAUUCUGUGGCAAUCAUCUUGGUCUUCUUUGAGAGUUUUACAAAGAAAUUUGGUGUCUACAACUUAUGAAGUAAUCUCUGAUGAUUGUAUGUUACUUAAACUAGUACCUUAUUUAAUGUAUUUGAAUUGUUUUUUUUGGGAUUUGUAAGAAUUUGAACUUAUGAGCUUAGAACGUAUGUUGAAGUCCACUCUUUAUUCCGUUAACCAGAGGUCUUGGGUUCGA